CCAAUUUCGGGCAAUUGGAACGUGAUUUAUGUGGGGCAGCGGUUCCGAUUCCGAUUCAGAGUUCGAGUUCCGCGAGUCCGAGUGGGUCCCGCGAAUUUCGCAGGGUCGCGGUGUCGCAGUGUCGCAGAGUCGCAGUUCCCGAACGGAACCCCGCCAUUGCCGGGUUGAUAAGCGCCGCGAGUGAUAAGACGAAGUCCAUAGGGGCGCCAAGUCGUAAAUUAAAGCGAAGGAGAAGCGGCCACCGAAUUAGAAAUAGAAAUCGCAAUCAGAAACGACGCUCCGCAUAUCACAAUAAUUAGUAUAUAAUCAUUAAUCAAAGCCAAUAUUAAAAGUAUAAACAAAGUGCCGAAAAAGUAGCAAAAAUGUCAAAGCGUGCAAGCUUAACCCAUGACAGCCCGGCCCUGGAACUGGAGCUGCCGUUGCUGGCGCCCCAGGAGCGGAAUCAGCGGCGCAGGAGCGGCAGCGGGACAAUUCCUUUGUGCAUCAUGCACGACACCGGCAAACCGUCCCCCACCAACACCAAACCCACCAGCCCCACCAUCCCGCCCACACAGCAGGCAGCCCGGCCUCAGUCCCCGGCAGCGGCGGCGGCGGCAAGCGGUCUGGAUCCGGCGGACGAUGAGGACGAGACCGACAUAAUUGGCGACCUGAUGGGCCACUACGGCAAAUGGCAGCUGCUGAUGACGGUGCUGCUGUCGCUCUUCCAGGUCCCGAACACCUUUCACAUAUCCUCGUCCGUCUACCAGGCGGCCAACAAGGACUUUUGGUGCCAAAGGCCGCCGCAGCUCCAGCAGAUGCCGGUGGAUGUGUGGAGGAAUCUGAGUGGAUCGGCCGACAACUGCCAUCGCCGGGAUGGGAUCGACUGGAGUCGGUUGAGCAAUGAAACUACUUCGCAGUGGGAGUUGCCCCAGGAUGGAAAUGGAAAGAUGGUGGCCUGCGAGAACUGGGAGUACGAGACGCACGACAAUGUGGGCAACACCUGGACAUCGGAGUGGGACCUGGUGUGCGACAAGGAGCACCUGAAGCAGGUGGCCGAGAUGUUCUUCCUGCUGGGCGUGGCAACAGGUGGCAUCAUAUCCGGCUAUUUAUCGGACAAGUUCGGCCGAAAGACCAUGCUCUUCAUAUCGGCCGUGUUACAGACCAUAUUCGGUCUCUGGCUGUAUAUCUGUAGCUCCUUUGAGCUGUAUCUCACGCUCCGUGCUCUGUUGGGCCUGGUUUCAGUAUCGGUGACCUACUCCGGUCUGAUCCUGGCCAUCGAGUACGUGGACGGAAAGUGGCGAACCAUUGCCGGAAUGUACAACCUGUUUCCACUGCCAAUCUCCUACAUGAUUAUCUCUGGCCUGGCUUAUCUAACGCAGGACUACCAGCGCCUGCAGCUCUGCAUCGGAAUUCCCGGUAUCUUCCUUUGCUUUCUCUGGUUUGUGGUGCCGGAAUCUCCGCGCUGGCUGCUCGUCAAGGGCCGGAUCGACGAGGUGCGGCGGAUAAUCGAGGCGGCAGCCAAAUUCAACGGCCGGCAGCUGCCCGCCGACUACCAACUGACGCCACCUACGCAGGAGAGCAGCUCCCAGGACUUCACCUACCUGUUCCGGUCCAGCUACCUGAGGCGCAUCUCCAUCUGCUUCCUCUGCAUCUGGUUCACCAUGAAUCUGGUCUACUACGGCAUUAUCCUUAACAUGAGCUCCUUCGGCGGCAAUGUCUACUUGAAUUCGGCUCUAGCUGGCCUAGUCGAAAUACCCGCCAUCGCCCUGGCCAUGUACAUCAUCACCAAAGUGGGCAAGAAGUGGCUCUUCUGCGCCACUUUGAUCUGUGCCGGCGUCGCCUGCUGCUGUGCGGCGAUCACCGAGGGACGGGCGGACCUGCUCUGGCUAAAGAUCACAUUCCUGAUGAUGGGCAAGUUCACCAUCAGUGCGGGCAACACCAUUAUGCCGGUGUACACGGCGGAGCUCUAUCCGACACCCAUUCGCAAUGUGGGCGUGGGUGCCUGCAACGUGGCCGCAGGACUGGCACUUAUCCUUACACCUUACCUUUCGCUGCUGAACAAGAUUGAGGACCACUUGCUGAUGACCCUGCUGACCGCCUGGAGCAUCUUUGGCGGCGUUGUGGUGCUCUUCCUGCCCGAGACCGCCGUGCGUUCAAAGGCCAGCAACUCGUCCCCGGGCCAGGGGUCGGCUCCCCAUCCGAAUGCCAGUGCUGCCAAGCAGGUGUAAUGACCGCUGCUGCUGACCCCUUGAACUCCCGAAAUGAACAAAGUAUUUUGGCUGGUCCAAAGUAUGCCGAUGUGAAGUCGUAGAACCGCUGCCUCUGCUCCACCUUGACCCUUAACCCUUAACCAACCAUUCAACCUGCCACGCCCCUCCGACAUAUCCACCACCUGAAGCCACCUGAAAACUUACGGUAAUCGAUGGGAUCUCGAAUGUCCCAGAUUAAUGCCAAUUCGCUAGAGAAUGUCACAUGUCAGGCAGGACCUUUUUUGCGUAGCACGUAGUGAGUAUGUAUCUUAACAAUUAACUAACAAAAAUGGCUUGUAGCUUACGUCGUAGUCUAAGUACUGAGAACACGCAACACACACUAACCUCCACACACUUUAAUCCUUCGGUUCUCAUCGAAGUUCAAGGAUAUUUAAGAAUAAUUGAAAGUGAAGUAAACUGUAAUUUAUUAUUUUUUCAAUCAGAAUUUCUUUUAAAUACUAUGCAAUUUUUUUUAUUGUCAUAAAUAUUUUAAUAAGAUAUAUUUGGCCAAUUUUAUUGUUUUCGGCAAGUUGUUACGCAGAUUUGUUAAAUACUUUUAUCGCUUUUAUUGAAG